AUGUCUGCGUCGGAGUUGAUGCGUUACCAUGAUAGUGAUGAAGAUGAAGAUCAGAUGCAUUGCCAAGAUAUGAUCCAGGACCAGGAAGUCACCGAAGAUGAAUCUGACAGUGAUAGCUCAGACAACGCUCCUCUUUCGGAUUUACUAAGAUCUAACUAUUUCUAUGGGAAAAAUAAAUACAAAUGGGCAAAGACGUCACCUUUUGUUAGAGUACGUACACCACAACAUAAUAUUAUAUCAUCUCGUGUAGGUUAUUCUAAGUUGACAGCAAACGAUGAGAAAGACCACUACAGCAUCUGGAAUAAGAUAUUUGAUGAAGAAAUGCUCCAACAAAUUUUGAUUUGUACAAAUGUUAAGAUUUCUACAUACAAAAUGAAGUUUGCUCGUCAGGACAGACCUGAAUUGAAUAACUUGUACUUGGUUGAACUGAAAGCUUUUAUCGGACUACUAUUUUACUCAGCUGUUUUGAAAUCAAACAAGGAAAACUCACGUUAUUUUUUCGCUUCAGAUGGCACAGGUUGUGAAAUAUUUAGAUGCGCAAUGUCAGAAACAAGAUUCCUAAUCUUGCUCUUAUGUCUUCGAUUCGAUAAUCCUUAUGAUCGCAAUGAAAGGAUAAAGACUGAUAAACUAGCUGCUAUAUCGCCAAUUUUCAACAACUUUGUAAGUAAUUCUCAACAACUAUAUGAAUUGAGCGAAUGUGUUACUGUGGAUGAAAUGCUCGUCAAAUUUCGGGGAAGGAGUCACAUGAUAUCAUAUAUGCCGAAAAAGCCUGGUAAAUAUGGCCUGAUAAUACGAGUUUUAUGUGACGCCAACAACUAUUAUUUAUAUAACGGGUAUGUUUAUUCUGGAAAAGACUCCGAUAGCAUCGGAUUGACCACAGAAGUGAAAAAAUUCUUGGUUCUAACUCAGUGUGUGUAA